AUGUCCACCGACAACAACAAGAAGACUACAUUGGACGGGUCCACGCCUGAAGAUACAGAAAAGGUGAAGCCUCUCGUUAGCACUGAGAAGGUUGGGGAUGUGGAACAGGCUGAAAUCAAGGAACUGCUGGACAAGAUGCGCUUAGCGCCCGCCGCGACCUCGCCUAAGACACAUAAGUUUUGGAAUACACAACCGGUACCGCAGCUAGAUGCAGACCCUGUUUCCCAAGAGGCGCGAGGUCCUAUUGAUGAGCUUAAAAAGGUGUCUGAUAUUCCUAAGGAGCCCUACAACCUCCCACCUGCAUUCGAGUGGGCGAAUAUCGACGUUAAUGAUCCGGAACAGAUCCAGGAAGUUUAUACACUUCUUAAUGAGAACUAUGUCGAGGAUGACGAGGCAAUGUUCAGGUUUGACUACAGCCCGGAGUUUCUUCGAUGGGCCCUGACCCCUCCGCAUUACGUGCCAGAGUGGCAUUUUGGAGUGAGAGUGAAGGCUAAUGGAAAGUUGGUGGGCUUUAUUACUGGUAUCCCUGCAACGAUGGAAGUUCGCGGCGACGAGUUGCGAACAGCCGAGAUUAACUUUUUGUGUGUCCAUAAGAAGCUCAGGUCCAAGCGCCUCGCUCCAGUUCUUAUCAAGGAGAUCACCAGAAGGGUUAACUUGACUGAUCGAUGGCAGGCUGUGUAUACGUCGGGAACUAUACUUCCACGUCCUGUCACUGCUGCACGGUAUCACCACAGGUCUUUGAACCCUAAGAAGCUCUGUGAGGUUGGCUUCACACGCCUGGCUCCUAGGAUGACUAUGGCGAGAUGCAUAAAGUUGUAUAAGGUCGCCGACCAUCCUAGCAUCUCCGGACUGAGGCCGAUGGAAAUGAAGGACAGAAAGCAGGUUACUAAGUUACUCAAUGAAUACUUGUCGAAAUUUAAAGUUCAUCCCGUGCUAUCACAGCAUGAGGUCGGCCAUUGGCUUUUACCCAGGGAAAACGUCAUACAGACUUACGUUCGGGAGGAUAACGGAAAGGUUACUGACUUUUUGUCUUUUUAUUCUCUCCCGAGUUCCGUCCUUGGCAACGAGAAGCACAAGACCCUUUUCGCAGCUUAUUCGUAUUACAAUGUGGCUAACACUGUCAGCUUGAAGCAACUUAUGGCUGAUGCCCUUGUUUUGGCGAAGAAAGAAGGAUUUGAUGUGUUCAACGCGUUGAAUCUCAUGGACAACAACGAGUUUCUGGAAGACUUGAAGUUUGGUCGGGGUGAUGGAGAUCUCCAAUAUUACUUAUACAAUUGGAAAUGUCCCUUCAUGGAGCCUCAGGACAUGGGCCUGGUCCUACUGUAG